UGAGCCUGCGCGGCGGCGCCAGCCUUUUACGACGGGCCGGAAAGGAGCUGUCGCACUGGCCUAAUGUGGACGAGACAGCUAUGGGGAAAAUCGCGCUGCAGCUCAAAGCCACGCUGGAGAACGUCACCAACCUCCGGCCAGUCGGCGAGGACUUCCGGUGGUACUUGAAGAUGAAAUGUGGCAACUGCGGUGAGAUUUCAGAGAAGUGGCAAUAUAUCCGGCUGAUGGACAGUGUGGCGCUGAAAGGAGGCCGAGGCAGUGCCUCCAUGGUCCAGAAAUGCAAGCUGUGUGCACGGGAAAACUCCAUUGAAAUUUUGAGCAGCACCAUCAAGUCUUACAAUGCUGAAGACAAUGAGAAGUUCAAGACAAUAGUAGAGUUUGAGUGUCGGGGCCUUGAACCAAUUGACUUCCAGCCCCAGGCUGGGUUUGCUGCUGAAGGUGUGGAGUCUGGGACAGUCUUCAGCGACAUUAAUCUGCAAGAAAAGGACUGGACAGACUAUGAUGAAAAGGCUCAGGAGUCUGUGGGGAUCUUCGAGGUCACCCAUCAGUUCGUGAAGUGCUGAACCUCCUGCAAACUUGCCCAUAAGAACUAAGAAGAGACAGAGUGCCUGGGCAGCAGUUCCCAUGGAGGCCUCUCAGCU